ACACUGAAGUGUAACACAGCGCAGUUGCUGAUAAACAAAAAUUCGACAUUUUGAUGGCGGGACGGAUUCCACAGUCUUAAUCGUGUCUUUUAAAACAAUUUUAGACAUUAUAUAUAAAUCUUGACAUUAUAAAUGAUUGAUCUGUGUUUCUAGUGAUUGCUGUCACGCUCAUGCGAAAAUUUCAUGUGUUUAAAAAGAAAAGAUCUAGCCGACGUUGAUUUCCAACGUGACAAAAUUCGUUAACAACUGUUCAAUUGACGAAGCGAAAAGUCAUCGAUAUUUUUCUUCUUUCUGAUGUCUCAAAAUAAGCUUGAAGCUCUCAGAGAUACAACGUUAGAUGUGAAGAUUAGAAAUGGAUGAUCUCGAGCAGCAGUGUGAAGAUGCAGUAUUUGAGGUAUGUGACGCUCGAGAAAGAUAUCCACUACAAUGUGCAAAUGAGCUUGAAAAAUCUAUUAAACUUACCAAUGAGAUAUAUAUGACAAAGAUUUUUGCAAAGCCAUCGGAUAGUACAUCAGUUCUGGAUGUACCAUUUCUCACAAAUGAACACUUGACAACAUUUCAAAAGAACUUCACGGAGACUACUGAACUGUUGAAGACACAUGAACAUAAAUUACAAGUUAUGACAGAUAAAAUUAAUAACUUGACAGCUGUUUUGGAUCAGAUUAAGAGGGACAAUUUGUGUGAAUUCAAUAAAUUAUUGUGGAAUUAAUUA